CGUUCUUCGCCCCGCUCAACGCACUUUUAUCCUUAUUAUUAUUAUUAUUGGAAAGGGGGAGUCUCUUUUUUUGCCUCGCCGAGCGUUCCCCCUCCUUCCUAAAAUGACGAUCGGUUUGGGAAGCUCCUUCUCAUCAUCAUGGCCAACGGGACGGGGGCGGCGACGGUCAUGCUGAAAUGCGUGGUGGUGGGCGACGGGGCGGUGGGCAAAACCUGCCUGCUGAUGAGCUACGCCAACGACGCCUUCCCGGAGGAAUACGUGCCCACCGUCUUUGACCAUUACGCAGUCAGUGUGACAGUCGGUGGCAAACAGUAUCUUCUGGGGCUGUAUGACACUGCAGGACAGGAAGACUAUGAUCGCCUGAGGCCGCUGUCGUACCCCAUGACUGACGUCUUCCUCAUCUGCUUCUCGGUGGUGAAUCCAGCUUCCUUUCAGAAUGUGAAGGAGGAGUGGGUGCCGGAAUUGAAGGAAUAUGCGCCGAACGUACCCUAUUUGUUAGUCGGAACCCAGAUCGAUCUCCGUGAUGACCCCAAAACUUUAGCAAGGCUGAAUGACAUGAAGGAGAAACCAAUUUGUAUGGAGCAGGGACAGAAACUGGCAAAAGAGAUAGGAGCCUACUGCUACGUGGAGUGCUCGGCUUUAACCCAGAAAGGACUGAAGACGGUUUUCGAUGAAGCUAUCAUAGCCAUUUUAACUCCAAAGAAACACACGGUGAAAAAACGGAUAGGCUCCAGGUGCAUUAAUUGCUGCCUGAUCACGUGAGACCCGCCGGGACGAUGGCCACACAUACUGUGAAAUAUCCAAUACCGUGCAGACAUACACUUAAAACAACAACUACAAC